AUGGCAUUAGAAUCUAGUUGGGCAGAUGCACCAGAAGAACCGGAUGUAGUGAUAAAAUCACCUUCUAAAUCACAUUCAAAUUCGAAGAGAGGUAAUCGUAGCCAGAGGCACAAUAAUUAUAAUAACAACAGUAAUAGUGACAAUAACAAUUAUAAUGAAAGGAGAUCUCCUGAGAGGAACACCAUGGAUUUUGAUAACUAUCGUGAUAAAUCAAUUGAUAAAAGUAGUUCUCCCGUCAGAGAAGCUAUCAGUUUUGAUCAGUAUCGUGAUAAACCAAUUAAUAAAAGUAGUUCUCCAGUUAGAGAAGCUAUCAGUUUUGAUCAAUAUCGUGAUAAACCAAUUAACAAAAGACAACCUUUCGAAAAGACAUCGGGUAAUACUGAUGUACAUCAAAAACGUGAAAACAAUGCAUACUAUACACCUCCUUCUUCAAGAGGUAAACCGAACUUAGAACCGAAUCCCAGCAACAAAACAACAAAACAACCUGUAUCACCUUCCAAACUUGAGAUUAUUAAGAAAAGAAUUGAAGAACAACAGAGUAUUUUUAAAGUCACUAAGCAUAAAGAGCAACAAAAGCAGUUACUGGAUGACUUCUUAAAUGGUGACGAUGAGAUCAAUUGGGAAGAUGAAUAG